UGCCAUACUUCGAUCGAUCUUCUCGUAUCCUUGUGAUCUAGUGCCGUGUACAUGGAAAUGAUGCUUGAGAAAAUCUAUAUAUCGAGCAAGUCAGUACUGGUUUCUCAGUUCAUGCCUGCAGCUAGCCAGAAACCCAGACGGCAGAACUGAUCGGAAGAAAUGAGUUAUCUGCUCAAGACUAGGAGAAGCGAACCAACGCUGCAAAAACCGAUGUCUUCAGAAGAACAGCAGCAAAAGAUAAAUGAGGUCCGGGAGCUCCUCGGCGACCUGCCGUCGGAGAUGCCGAGAUUCCUGUCGGACUCCACCAUCCGCCGCUUCCUCCGCGCAAGGAACUGGAGCCCGGUGCAGGCAGCCAAGACUCUGAAAGAAGCUGUCAAGUGGAGGCGUCAGUACAAGCCAGACAAAAUUCGUUGGGAAGACAUUGCUGAGAAGGAGAACGAGGUUAAGAGAGCGUAUAUACCCGAAUACCUCGACAACAAUGGAAGAGCUGUGUUCGUGUUAAUACCGUCAAUAAAGAGCUUAACAUCAGAAAAGAACUGUUUAAAACAGCUAGUGUACAACCUGGAAACUUUGGCCAUGAGCUCAGAAGGCGCACUAGAAGAAAAUGUUGUUUGUGUAGUUGACUUCCGAGGUUGGACACUAUCAAAUACGCCAUUGGUGGAGACCCGUGAAUCACUGCACGUAAUUCAGAGAUAUUAUCCAGGGUUGAUAGCAGUUGCAAUUCUUUGCAACCCACCGAGGAUAUUUGAAUCCUUUUGGAAGAUCGUCAAUUACUUCAUCGAGCCAAGGAUGAAAGAGAAAGUGAAAUUCGUUUACACCAACAAUUCAGAGAGCCAGAAGACUAUGGCUGAUAUGAUUGACCUGGACAAGCUGGAGUCUGCAUUUGGCGGACGAAACACAUCUGGCGUUGACAUCGUCAAGUACGCUGAGAGAAUGCUAAGAAGAGAUAAGAUUAGAGGAGCUUCGACGCAUGCAAACGACAACACCUCUUCUUCCUAGAACUUGAGUUCUUGUAAAGAGUGCAUGAACUCUACCGUCAGCAACUAAGCUGGACGAAGAUGACUGCGCCAUGGAAGUUCAGUGAUCUGAUCAAACAACUUAAAUCUCGAUAGUCAUGAAAGCCCAGGAUGUUCAUGAUUUGUUACGUGAAGUUUUUUCGCAAAAGAUUGUUAGAGUAUGCACCUAGCAUACUAUUUUCUAUGGGACAAGUGAACGUGCAAUUUGUGACACUGGAAGUCUGGAACA